AACAAAAAAUACAGAAAACAAACUCCUUCCAUUGCCAAUUUUUCAUUUACCACUCCUCUCUAAUUCCUUCUCCCUCCCUCCCCUUCUCUCUCUCUCUCUCUCUCUAGGCUGCCAGCAUGAGCAAGGGACCAGGGCUUUUCUCCGAUAUCGGCAAGAAAGCCAAAGAUCUGUUGACAAAAGAUUAUAGCUCCGAUCAGAAAUUCAGCGUCUAUACUUACAGCGAUUCCGGAGUGGCCCUGACAUCAACGGCUCUAAAAAGAGGAGGUCUGUCAACUGGGGAUGUUGCAGCAUUGUACAAGUACAAGAACGCUUUAUUUGAUGUCAAAGUUGAUACAGCAUCCAAUAUCUCAACAACCUUUACAUUCACUGAGAUCCUUCCGUCGACUAAGGCUAUCACCUCAUUUAAAUUCCCCGACUACAAUUCUGGCAAGUUGGAAGUUCAAUAUUUCCACCACCAUGCAACCUUCGCCACGGCUGUUGCAUUGAGCAAAUCUCCUGCUGUUGAUUUUUCAGCCACCAUUGGUACCCCAGCAAUUGCUUUUGGUGCAGAAGCAGGCUAUGAUACUACUUCUGGUAAAUUUACAAAGUACACUGCUGGCUUUAGUGUGACAAAACCAGAUUCCUAUGCCUCAAUACUUUUGGGUGACAAGGGAGACAGUAUUAAAGCAUCAUAUGUGCAUUACCUGGAUCAGGCAAAGAAAAGUGCUACUGUAGCAGAAAUUUCUAGAAAGUUCUCCACAAAUGAGAACACUUUCACAGUUGGAGGAGCAUAUGCUGUUGAUUACGAUACAGUGGUGAAAGCAAAGCUCAACAACCAUGGGAAACUCGGGGCACUGCUGCAGCAUGAGGUCGUACCGAAGUCACUUGUGACUAUCUCUGGUGAGUUUGACACUAAGGCCUUGGACAAACAUGCAAAGUUUGGGUUAUCUAUUGCUCUGAAGCCUUGAUGGAUGUUUGCCACUUAUUGAAGCAUUGUUUGAAUUCAACACUCAUUUUGAUUUUUUCCCUUGGGUGGCACUUGAAAGGAAGUGACAAUAAAUAGUUCCACAGAACCAUGCUUGUUGGAUUGUGGAUGACUGGAUGGAAUUGUUUCAUGACUAGGGUUUACAAUGGUCCCCUUUUUUCCCUUGGUUUUCAUUUGUAGGCUUUGGAGAUGUUCAUAUUUGCGUAUUUUCUCCAUGUGGAGAACUAUAAAUUUUGAUUGGUGGGAAAUUCUGAUUGCCAUUAUAAUCCAUUUAUCGUAAGUCAAGGUUGUCCUUUUGCACGAUA